AUGGCACCCAUCAUCGUCCUCAUCACCGGCGGGAACCGAGGCCUAGGCCACGGUCUCGUCACACGGUUCCUCGCGCAACCCAACUACACAGUCAUAGCGGCAGUCCGCCACCCAGCCCACCCGACAGCCGAGGCCCUCGGCGACCUGCCCCGGGGCCUCGGCAGCACGCUGAUCACGGUGCGGUAUGACGCUAGUAGCGAACAGAGCGCUGCCGACGCCGUGGCCGAGCUCCGGGCCAAGCACGGCGUCGACCACCUGGACAUCGUCCUCGCCAAUGCGGGCAUCUCGACCCAGUGGCCAUUGGUCAAGGACGUCAAGCGGGCUGACAUUCAGGCGCAUGUCGAGGUGAAUGUGAUGGGCGUCGUUUCGCUGUACCAGGCGACGCGUGACCUAUUGCAGCGGUCGACGGCUGGGCCUCGGUUUGUCGCAAUGGGGUCGAUGGCGGGUGCUUUAGGGCAACAACCACCGGUGCCCAGUGGCUGCUACGGCCCAUCCAAGGCCAUGCUGAACUGGUACGGGAUCCGGAUCAACGCAGAGGACGAGUGGCUUACUGCCUUCAUUCUGGAUCCCGGCUGGGUCCAAACGGAGAUGGGCAACAAGGCGGCCCAGGUUUGGGGUGUCGCGGAAGCGGCUCCAGACAAGCUGGAUGAUUCGGUCGACGGCAUGUUCAAGGUCCUCACGACGGCUACCAAGGAGGCACAUGGAGGGAGGCUUGUAGUCUACACGGGGGAGAUUAAGGAAUGGUAA